CUGUCCGCUGCGACUUUCUGGAUGUUUAAACUGGAAAAACAGAAACAAACUGGGAGCACUGGGACCGGAGCGCACACACACACACACUGGCAGCUCUGACCGGCCACCGUUUACCUGCUGUGUGUGUGUGAGUGUGUGAGUGUUUCGGGAACCCCUCCUCGAACCUCCAGACAUCCCACCGACCCCUCUCGGCUCAACAGGCCGCCGUUCGGAGCGCGUCUCCCGGCCUCGGACGCAGCCGCGCCCCGCUCUUCUGUCUUGGAGGAAAAAGUGGAAACAGAGGAGACAAAGAGACGGAAAAGUGUCGGAAUGGAGGGAUGAAGGAGACCCGUGAAGAGGAGUAAAAGUACAGAAUGCCUGGAGGGGGUCGGAGGAGCUGAACGACUCUUUUUCUUCUUUUUCCACUUUUUCUGCGCCUCCUUCCAGGCGUCCAUCUUGGAAAGUUCCUGUCCCAUCGGAAGGAGUUCCCGCUUCUUCAUCGCUCGGAUUCAUUCAUUCAUGUUGUGAACAAAAAGUCUCUUUUUAUUUUUCUGGCUCUUUGGGCUCCAAUGAGGCGCGCGCGACCGGCCGAGAGCGAGCCCAGCUGACGUCAGUGCUCAGUGAUCGAUAGGUCUGAUCGGCUCUGGGCUGAGGCGGGGGCGGAUCAGGGUGCGGGUUCGAUCGGCUCUGGAUUUGGUUGUUCCCGGUGGGAUGGAGCGUCGGAGGGGGCCGCGGGCCCCUUUGGCCCCGGAGCGGGCCUCGUCCUGCGGGCUGCUGCUCCUCCUCCUCCCGCUGCUGCUGACCGGCUGCAGGGCCGAGGAAGAAGAGGUGCUGAUGAACACUAAGCUGGAAACGUCGGACCUGCGCUGGACGACCCACCCUGCUGACGAUCCACAGUGGGAGGAAGUGAGCGGAUUGGAUGACGAGUCGAACAGCGUGCGGACCUACGAGAUCUGCACACCGGACAGUCUGUCCUCCUAUUGGCUGAGGACGCGGUGGAUCCCCCGAAGGGCGGCGACCACCCUCUAUGUUGAGAUCCGGUUCACCAUGAUGGAGUGUUCCGGUCUGAAUCGCCGUCACUGUAAAGAAACCUUCAACCUUUAUUACUACCAGUCUGACAGCGACGAGGCCACGGCCAAUCACCCGUCCUGGAUGGAGAACCCGUACGUCAAAGUGUCCACGGUGGCGGCGGACCACCUCCUGCGGCCCGGCAGUCGCUCUGGGCGCUCCAACGUCAAACUGCUGCGCCUGGAGCAGCUGAGGGGGGCGGGGCUCUACCUGGCCUUCCACAGCCAGGGCACCUGCAUGGCUCUGCUCUCUGUUCGCGUCUUCUACAGGAAGUGCCCGCCCCUCCGCCGCGCCUUUGCCUCCUUUCCGGAAACCGUCCCGCACUCGCUGGUGGAGCAGGCUCAGGGUGUGUGUGUGGAGAACGCUGUGACUCCACCCGGCGAGCAGUCACGCCCUCCCAGCAUGCUUUGUGGCGAGGACGGUCAGUGGGUUGGGCAGCCGACAUCCAGCUGUGCCUGUCGCCCCGGAUACGAGGCGGGCGACACUGACGUGCGCUGUCGAGCUUGUCCAUCGGGCCAGUUUAAGGCGGGGUCAGGACCCAGUGGGUGUGAACCUUGCCCGGCCAAAAGCAACGUACUGAUCCCAGGCUCCGCCUACUGCCUGUGUCUCCCUGGUUACCAUCGAGCUGACUCCGACCCUCUGCACGCCACCUGCACCCGCCCCCCCUCUGCUCCUCGCUCUAUUGUGAGUCAGAUCAACGACACCUCAGUGACUCUGGAGUGGAGCGAGCCGCUGGACCGAGGAGGACGGGGAGACCUGACCUACAGAGUCCUGUGCUCCGUCUGCGGGACCACCACCAACAAGGGAUUGGUUGGUUCAUGUUUUCCAUGCGAUGACAGCGUUCUGUACCGGCCAGCGCAGCACACUCUGACUCAGCGCCGUGUCAUCAUCUGGGGACUCCGCCCACACAGCAAGUACACCUUCACCAUCCAAUCACUGAACGCCGUCUCUCCUCUCAGCCAAUCAGAGCCAGCCUCUGACAGAGUCAACGUCACCACCAGCAGAGACGUUCCUCCUCCAGUAUCUGGCGUGAAGAAGGUGGCGGCCUCAGAGACCAGUCUGUCUUUAGAGUGGAACAUUCCAGUUCUGCAGAACCAGUACCAGAUCCUGGACUACCAGCUCCGCUACAGCCCCAAGGAUGGCGAGGAGGCGGGCCAGUGGCAGUACGUGUCCAGCAGGUCUUCUUCAGUGGUGCUGACGGGGCUGCAGAGGGCGGGGCAGUAUCAGGUCCAGGUUCGUGCUCGCUCACAGGCCGGAUACGGAUCAUUCAGCACCGUGAGCAGCUUCAACACACAGCCUGAUGGUGUUGGUCACUCUCAGCUGGUGCUGACUGGAGUUCUGGUCUCCAUGGGGAUACUACUGCUCAUUGCCAUGGUGAUCGUUGCCGUGUACUGUUACCGCAGGAGAAAGAAGGACUCAGAAAUGAACGACAAGAGUGGUCACUACCAGAUGGGCCAGACAAUGAAGGUGUACAUCGACCCAUUCACCUACGAGGACCCCAACGAGGCGGUGAGGGAGUUCGCCAAAGAGAUCGAGGCCUCCUUCGUGAAGAUUGAGGAGGUCAUCGGAGCAGGUGAGUUCGGGGAGGUGUGUCGCGGUCGGCUGAGGGUCCCAGGCCGGAAAGAGAACUACGUGGCGAUUAAGACGCUGAAGGGCGGCUACACAGAGAAGCAGAGGCGGGACUUCCUGUCGGAGGCGUCCAUCAUGGGUCAGUUCCAGCACCCCAACAUCAUCCACCUGGAGGGGGUCAUCACCACUUCCUGUCCCGUCAUGAUCCUCACAGAGUUCAUGGAGAAUGGAGCGCUCGACAGUUUCCUGAGGAUGAAUGACGGACAGUUCACCACCAUCCAGCUGGUGGGGAUGUUGCGUGGGAUUGCGGCAGGGAUGAAGUAUCUGUCCGACAUGAGCUUCGUCCACAGAGACCUGGCAGCUCGAAACAUCCUGGUCAACUCCAACCUGGUCUGUAAGGUGUCAGACUUUGGUCUCAGCAGGUUCCUCACUGAAAACUCAUCUGACCCGACGUACACCAGCUCUCUGGGGGGUAAGAUUCCUAUCCGGUGGACGGCUCCUGAGGCCAUCGCCUACAGGAAGUUCACAUCAGCCAGUGAUGCGUGGAGCUACGGCAUCGUUAUGUGGGAAGUGAUGUCAUACGGAGAACGACCAUAUUGGGACAUGAGCAACCAGGAUGUGAUUAACGCCAUCGAGCAGGACUACCGGCUGCCCCCGCCGCCGGAGUGCCCCUCCUCCCUGCACGCGCUCAUGCUGGACUGCUGGCAGAAGGAACGAGCCAACCGGCCGAGGUUCUGCGACGUGGUGGCGUCGCUCGAUAGGCUGAUCCGAAACCCCGCCUCCCUGAAGGUGACGCACUCGGAGGGACGGAGUCCGUCCCAGCCUCUGUUGGACCAGCGCGUCCCCCCUCCUCUCUCAGCCUGCGGUUCAGUCUCUGAGUGGCUUCGAGCCAUAAAGAUGGAGCGAUACGAGCAGAGCUUCCUGCAGGCCGGAUUCACGAGCCUGGACAUCGUCUCACAGCUGAACACUGAAGACCUGCUCAGAGUGGGUGUGACCCUCGCUGGCCACCAAAAGAAAAUCCUCUCCUCCAUCCAGACGCUCAGGAUACACAAAGCCCCGCCCACCCUCCUCUACUGACCAAUCACAGCCCUGCCCAGCCGCACUGGCCUCUGGCUCUGAACGUUGGUCCAUCCUGUCUGAUUGACCAACCGGGAAGCCGUAAGAGACCACACCUCCUGAUGGUUGGACCAAUGAGAGGAAUCGGGUGAAACAGGGCUGUGACAUUAUGAAAGCAAACUCUGAGUGAAACACUAAAUACUGAACACACAGUUACAGCAUCAUGUCUCUAAGCUUCAUAAUGUUUGACUCAGGUGCAACUGGACUCCACCUACUUUGUUCAUCUGACCAAUCAGAACCGAGGACAGAGUUGACCACUGUGAAGCUUUUUAAAUUAAGCAAGCACCUGGUUGGUCAACACUCAAGACAUAUGUAGCCCUGCCUUGUGAGACCACGGCAGUCAUUCGCUGCUCAGGACAACCAAAGCCAGUCCGGCUCCAGAUCCCAGACUCACCUCGGUCACCGGCCAAACAGCCAAUCGUCUAACAGAGCAAGGACGCGGGAGGACGUUCCUGGUGCAGUUUAGUUCAACAGACACAGAGAAGUUGUAACUACCUCCUUUGGCCGUACUGUCAUCAAUAACUGAAAGCACAGCUGGGAUUGGCUCCCAGCCCUGUCCAUCAAAGCAGCAUCAGUGGAUCCCAGCAGACUGAGGACUGACAUUCAGAAUAUGACGGAUGUGUUUCACUUCGUUCUUCUGUUCACUGCUCGUCUAAAAACAAACGAACCCCUAAUCAGAUCACUGUUGGUCCAAUGACAAGCUCCCAAACUGCUGCCACUUCGACUGCCGAGAACCAGGGACUUUCAGGACGAACCAAAGGGAUUUCUGUGGUGAGGGAACGUAUCUGAACGAAGGUUCAGUACUGUGGAACCUCUCAGUGCUCCUUCCAGAAUACUCGACUGCGAGUUGAACCAAACGUUUUGAGCAGUUUUUGAGGAUAUUUUUAACGAUGUUGUGGAAUAUCGGACUGAUUCACAGGAAUUCCAAACAGACCAGUUGGUAGUCCACACCAAUGUUAGGAAUAUUUUCCGAGGAGCAUCAGGACGUUCUGAUGGGAUUAACGACGUGACAUGUCGACAUGUUCUGGCAGAGUUUCGGCAUCUUGCUCUUCAUCAUCUGUGAGAAAAAGUCUGGGAUUGCCUCAGAAAACAACGGUCGACCUUCUGAGGAAAUCUUCAGGAAUCCAUGAGAUUCAAAGCUUCGGUGGGAAUCUUUUGAAAACUGUGAUGGAACAUCCUCCAGGUUUCGUCCAAGUUACUGCGAUCCUUCAGG